CCGAGUGUCAGGUGAACUGAACUUCAGAAAUAUGAUGAAAGAACCACCAAUCAAAGCAGCUUCUUUAGCAGAGGAGGAGCUUGCCAGGGUGCGGUCAGCCUUUGUUUGGAGGGUGUCAACAGAAAUCCUUAAACAGCUCCUGGAGGCCCUUGUAAGUGAUGGUGUUUUAAAUGAAUUGGAGAAAGAGUCAAUACUGGAGAAGAACCCAGUCAGAGCAGAUAAGGCACGCUGCUUCAUCGACACAGUGAGGAAGAAAGGGGACAAAGCCAGCAGGAUAAUGAUCAGAUAUCUUCAGACUAUAGAUCUUUCUCUUUUCUCUCAGCUGCGUUUAUACUCUGAUUCAUCUGCUCAACAAGAGGCUCUUCAAAAUUGUCAGCCAAGACUUAAAUCUAAACUGAAGAAGAAGUUCCAGUGUGUGUUUGAGGGGAUUGCUAAAGCAGGAAACCCAACCCUUCUGAAUAAGAUCUACACAGAGCUCUACAUCAUAGAGGGAGGAACUGCAGAGGUCAAUGAUGAACAUGAGGUCAGACAGAUUGAAACCGCAUCCAGGGAGCCAGAUAGACCAGAAACAACAAUCAGACAAGAAGACAUGUUUAAAGAUUCACCUGGAAGAGAUGAACCAAUCAGAACAGUGCUGACAAAGGGAGUGGCUGGCAUUGGGAAAACAGUUUUAACUCAGAAAUACACCCUCGACUGGGCUGAAGACAAAGCCAACCAGGACAUCCAGUUCAUAUUUCCAUUCACUUUCAGAGAGCUGAAUGUGUUGAAAGAGGAAAAGUUCAGCUUGGUGGAACUUGUUCAUCACUUCUUUACACUGAACAGCUGUAACCUCUCAGAGAGGGUGUGUGAAGAUCUGUUUUCAGUUCUCAGUUCCCAGUCCUGUAGUCUGAAAGAGCUGGACCUGAGUACCAACAGCCUCAGGGAUUAUGGAGUGAAGAAGCUUUUAGCUGUGGUGCAGAGUCCACACUGCAAACUGAAUAUUCUCACACUGAGUCACUCUAACUUGUCACAGAGAAGCUGUGGAGCACUGUCCUCAAUUCUCGGUUCCCAGCUCUCAAGUCUGAGAGAGCUGAACCUGAGUAACAAUGACCUGCAAGAUUCAGGAGUGGGGCUUCUGUCUCAUGGACUGGAGAGUCCAUAUUGCACACUGGAAACUCUCAGACAAAUAGACUGCCCCUGGUCCCACAGCAGCUGGGAGGCCCAGCAUCCCAGACCCCGACCAGCAUCCCAGACCCUGACCAGCUCCUUCUCCCGGCUCCUCGCACCAGAUGGCGACCAGAGAACAGGGGUGUGA